UAGAGAGAGAGAGAGAGAGAGAGAGCUCCUCCCUCUGAAACGCCAGCACGCCGGCAAUGGAGGUGGAGUCGGCGAAGUGCGAGUGCUGUGAGCUGAGGGAGGACUGCACCCGGGGGUACAUCCUCGGCGUGAAGGCCGACUUCGGCGGGCGGUGGCUGUGCGGCCUCUGCUCGGAGGCGGUCAGGGACGAGGCGGCGAGGAAGAGAGCAGGCGGCGGCGGCGCCGCCGCCGCCGGAGGCAUGGAGGAGGCUCUGAGGGACCACAUGUCCUUCUGCGCCAAGUGCAGGAAGAAGAACCCGGCGUUCAGGGUCGCCGACGGCAUGCGGCAGAUGCUGCUGCGCAGGCGAUCGAACUGACGAUGCCAUCGCAAGUUUGCACCUGCAUUUGCAUCGAUGCGUGAUGGUUCUUUUUUUUUUAAUCUGCAAUUAGUCCAGCGCCAUAAUCAUCAUCUUGUAAUCAGAGUUCUGAGCAAGAUGACAUUUUUUUUAGGUAGUUGAGCAAGACGACGUGUAUUGCAUCUCUGAGUUAGGAUUUCAAGCAUGUAAUGUCAGAUGUAAUAAUCUAGCUAAAUGCGUGUUUGGGCUGAGGAUUGGUAGGGUUUCAUGCAGGUUCGAAGGAUUUGAUCGAAAAUGUGAUCAUCGAAUACUCAUUCACCUAUGCGACGGCGACUUGCCGUUUCUCUCUGAAAAGUGAAAUCACAGUAAGUUUGUUUCUUUGGGUCAAGGUUUUUCAAGAAACCAAUCAUCCAUAUAGGUGAUUUAUGCUUCUAACAUAUGAAAAAUUAUAUUUUUAGGUAAACAUAUCGAAAGAUGUGCUGUUGGCAUGUAGGAUGUAGCUUCAAAUUGAGAUAAGAUUUCCGCAUUUCUUACAGGUCUUUUUACCAUUGUUUACGAAAUUUCUAUGAAAUUCCUGAAUAGAUUAUUUCAUGCUGAUUAUUGUAAAAUUUGUUUAAAUUUCUUCCGCUUCAAACAAGACCAGCGACUAGAAUCUGGUGAGAGUUUUUCCAUCUCAUGAUAUGUCAGAGAUUCAGAGAACCAUACUAUGAAGUUGAUGACUUGGACGCUUGGAGCUCCAAGACAAAAUGGUUGGU